AUGGGAUCCCAAGAGAACUUCACCAUAGGAUGGGUUUGUGCCCUUCCUGAGGAAUAUAACGCGGCUUGUGCGAUUCUAGAUGAAGACCUUGAAGGCCCAGAGACAGAACAGGGUGAUCGCAAUACAUACUUUUUUGGUCGUGUAGCCAAUCAUCGUAUCGUUAUCACAUGCCUCCCAUCAGGCCGGUAUGGAUUAAGCUCAGCCACUCGUGCUGCAAAAGACAUGAUGCGCUCUUUUCCACACUUAAGAUUCCUGCUAUUGGUGGGCACUGCAGGAGGCGCGCCGACGGCAGAACGAGACAUUCGCCUUGGUGAUGUUGUUUAUGACCAUGGGAAGUUGGUUGGUGGUGAACUUCAGCGAACAGGCCAUAUGAAUUCUCCGCCGUUAGUGUUACUUGGCGCUCUAAUGGAAAUGAGGCGAAGACACCAUAACCCAGCGAAAUUCAGAGGAGUUGACGAACAUUUGAAAUUGCUCAGCAAGUAUCCGAACUUCCAGAGACCAGAAGAAGACCGAUUAUUCCGCUCGGAUGCCAAACAUCGUGGCGGAACUGAUUGUCUAAGCUGCGAUAUGGAUGCCCUCGUCAUGCGCCCACCGCGAACUUCAGGCAGGGCUUUCAAUGUAUUUUACGGCACGAUUGCAUCCGCAAAUACCGUUAUGAAAGAUGCAGCUCAAAGAGACGUUUACGCCAAUGAUCCAAAUACAAACGCACUUUGCUUUGAGAUGGAAGCUGCAGGCCUUAUGAACGACUUCCCUUGUAUUGUGAUACGGGGAAUAAGUAAUUAUUCGGACUCUCAUAAAAACGACGAGUGGCGCCAGUAUGCAGCUUCAACGGCCGCAGCUUACGCUAAAGAGCUGCUCUGCCUGGUGAAGCCCGUGAGGGGGUCGUAA